UUGAAAUUUCGUAAAUUUGCUAAGAGUGAGGAUUAGAGGAAGUAAUUAUAUGCACUCCAAACAUCAUGACUCCCAAAUUUAAAUCAGCUAUACACACAAAGACACGAACUACUAUUCUCCUAUGGGUAGUAGAAAAUUUUUUGCCAAUUUUUCCCUAAUUCACACACUCAGAAAAUAUAUAGAUUCAGUUACGUUAAAACCUAAUUUUUUGCGCGUUCAAUUAGAUCAAUCCGAUACCAUUUCCCCUCAAUUUCCGUUAAUUUUUUCCGUAGAUUGCAUCGCUUAAUACCCUAAUUUUUGCCCACAUUUUUUGAUUUUUGCUGAUCAAUUUCAAUUAGAGGGUUUUCCAUUUUGAUGGAAUUGCUCACAUUUUCCGGCUUUUUUCGGUGAUUAUGUGGGUUUAGUAAGUGUGAUUGAUCGAGUUUGAAGGUGAUUGAAUUUAAUUGAGAAAUUAGAAAUGAGUACACAGCGGCAGUUGGUGACUGCUCGUGACUUGGUCGAUGAAGCAAAGAAGCGAAUUGUCAUUCUUUCAAUAUGUGUUGUUGGUCUUUCUUAUCUUAUGUCUUUGACAAGUACGUCAGUUUGGGUGAAUCUCCCUGCUGCGGUUGUUCUGGUCAUUCUUUUCCGUUAUUUUUCGUUGGAUUUUGAGAUGCGGCGAAAAGAAGCAGCCUACAAUAGCAAGAGUUAUGGAAAUGUUUCCAUGGAGAAGACUCAGAUUUCCGCAAAUGAUGUGAUUCAGGAGAAGCCUCUUGAUGGUCCUAAAGCUUCCCUUAUGAUGGAUAAUUGGAGAAGGAAAGUCAAUUCCCCUCCUGUUGAAGAUGCAAUUGAUCAUUUGACAAGACACAUAGUUUCUGAAUGGGUUACAGAUCUCUGGUAUUCCAAAUUAACCCCUGAUCUGGAUGGUCCAGAGGCACUAGUGCAAUUAAUGAAUAGCGUUUUGGGAGAAUUUGCACAUCGCAUGAGGAAUAUUAAUCUCAUUGAUCUUCUGAUGAGGGAUGUUAUUCAUCUGAUCUGCAAGCAUCUGGAACUUUUUCGUAUCUGUCAAGCAAAGAUCAAGAAGAAUUUGGCAUCACUUACUUUUGAUGAACGCGAUAUGGAGCUGAAACUAGUCCUUGCUGCUGAAAACAAAUUACACCCACUUCUUUAUUCUGCUGAGUCAGAACAUAAGGUAUUGCAGCACAUAAUGGAUGGUGUCUUGUCUUUAACUUUCAAGCCUGAAGAUCUACAGUGUUCUUUCUUCCAUUAUGUUUCUCGAGAGCUUCUUGCUUGUGCAGUAAUUCGACCAGUUCUAAACUUGGCCAAUCCCAGGUUUAUAAAUGAAAGAAUUGAACAAGUAGUAAUGUCUGCAAAGAAGCGAAAUGGGAGAGGUGCAACGGCAAAUGAUUCCUCACUCUUAAACCAGAAUGGAGAUACUUCCGAUAAUUUCUCACCGUUCCCAGAUCCCUCUACCACUGGCGUUGAACUUGUUGAGCUUAAGAGCAAUCAAUCUAAAAGUUCUUUAAAUGACCUCAGUGGAGGGAAGGUUGACAAUAAAGAUGCUUCCAAGGAUCCUUUGCUUUCAGUUGAUGCCCGAUCUACUCGUUCUUGGAGUUCUCUGCCUAUGGGACCUGCAGCUGCUGCUAGUAGCAACAUUGAUCGGUCUGCCUCUGGAGGUGAAUGGGGUGAUAUGUUGGAUUAUAUUUCUCACAAGAAAACACGGGCUCUUGCUCCUGAACACUUUGAAAAUAUGUGGUCCAAGGGGCGAAAUUACAAUAAUGAAGCUGAAGCAGUGAAUCAUAUUCUUCCUCGAGAUCCUUCAAUAAGGAGAUCUAAUACAGUUAAUUCUUCAAAUGUCAACAUAAAACAGAAAGAAAGUGGACUCAAGACUGCUUCCGUUGAGAGAGGAGUUAUUCUUCGUGGUUCCAAUUUGAGGCCUCAGUCUGAAACCAUGUACAUACAUGCUGAUAGAAAUACGUUGAGUCCACCUCCGCUUACAUCAGAUGAAGAUGAUGAGGAGCGCAAACUUAUGCUUUUGGAUGAGACAAAUUCUGAGAGCAGUCAAAGCUCUUCAGGUGAUGAAGAAAAUAGAGUAACAGGUUUAGAUUCUCCAACCACCAAAGUUUGGGAUGGUAGAACUAAUCGGAAUUCUGGUGUUUCUCAUAUCCAUCAUCCACUUGAGGGCUUAGUGGGAAAGAAGGGUAAAAGGACUAACAAAAUUCAGCAUCAAAGGUUGCAUAGACAGCAAAGUGGCCGGAAAAGGUCUAGAUUAGGCAGUCAGAAGACGUCAUUGUGGCAAGAGGUUGAGAGGACAAGCUUUUUAUCAGGAGAUGGACAAGAUUUACACCCUUUGAAAGCAAAUGUGAAAGAUGAUGACUCUAGUGAUGAUUAUGACAUGGAGACUAUGGGUAGACUUCAGAGUGGAACAACUGCUUCUUCAUCUGCUGCUUCAUUGUUACCUGGAAGCUUUGCAUCGUCUGCCAACUCCCCUCAAAGUACUUUCCUAGGAGAUACAUUUUUUAAGUUGAGAUGUGAGGUCUUAGGCGCAAAUAUUGUCACGAGUAGCUCUAAAAUGUUUGCCGUUUAUUCCAUUGCAGUCACAGAUGCUGAAAAUAACAGUUGGUCGAUUAAACGAAGAUAUCGACAUUUUGAGGAGCUACAUCGACGUUUGAAAGAAUAUCCAGAGUACAAUCUCCACUUACCGCCAAAACAUUUUCUGUCUACUGGCCUUGAUGUGCCCGUAAUACUAGAACGCUGUAAAUUGCUUGAUCAAUACUUAAAGAAGCUCAUGCAGCUUCCAACUAUUUCAGCAUCAAUAGAUGUGUGGGACUUCCUAAGCAUUGACUCUCAGACUUACACAUUUUCCAGUGCCUUUUCUAUCGUUGAGACAUUGACAGUUAAGUCACAUGAAAACAUUGCAAGCUUAUCUGGCCGUGGAGGCCCAAAGAUGAACCACUUGAAAACUAGGACGGAUUGUGCAGAAUCUGAAAACGAUCAAUCGUUAUGGAUGAAUCAUAGUUCUAUGGAUGGUUUGAAAUGUGAUAUGAAAAGCACUACAAAUUCACCUGCCAAAAAGGGCUCAGGUGGAGAGUCAGAUAACAAGAUACAAAAAAAAGUUUCUGCUGACCAAUAUGUUGGAAGAAAAGGGAACGCAAUUGCAGGGGAUGUGAAACAAGAUGCUGUUGAUGAUCCAACUUUUCCUGAGGAGUGGGUGCCACCAAACCUUACUGGACCCAUUUUGGAAUUUGUAGAUGUUGUUUUUCAGCUUCGGGAAGGAGCAUGGAUCAGGCGGAAAGCUUUUUGGGUAGUCAAACAGGUGUUGCAGUUGGGAAUGGGUGAUGCUCUUGAUGAUUGGUUGGUUGAAAAGAUCCAGCGUUUACGGAGAGGGUCUAUUGUUGCUUCAGGGAUCAAGAGGGUUGAGCAGAUACUUUGGCCAGAUGGAAUAUUCAUAACAAAGCAUCCUAGCAGGCAAAAACCCCCUGCCUCUGGUAGCCAAUCUCAAAGUCCAUCUCCAAGUCAGCUAUCAUCACCUAAGGCAGAGGAUGUUGAUACAACUGCUGAACUUCAAGAGAGUGAGGCUGAAAGACGUGCCAAGUUUGUCUACGAGCUAAUGAUUGAUAAUGCCCCUUCUGCUGUUGUAAGCAUUAUUGGACGUAAGGAGUAUGAACAGUGUGCUAAGGAUCUGUACUACUUCCUCCAGUCAUCUGUGUGUCUGAAGCAGCUUGUCAUGGAUCUUCUCCAACUUUUACUUUUGUAUACAUUCCCAGAGUUAGACCCUGUAUUCAAGCAGCUCCAUGAAGAAAAACACAAGUUUGGAGAAUUCAAGGUUGCUUGAUCUUUUCAAAAUGUUUGCAUUACAUUUUGUAAAUUUCAACCCAAAGCCUUACAAGUAUACAUCUGAAUGAUCUAGUCUUUAGCAUAUCUGUAAUGGUAUAAUUUUGGCCUUUCUACAACAAGUCUGUGAUUAUCAUUUGUUUGGAUUGUUCAGUUCUGUAAAUUUUGAGGAUGAUAAACCACAGAAUUUUCAAUUUGCUUUUGCCCUGUUAUUACACCUAUUUGUGCUGCGUAAAUGUAUAUUUCGAGAUUGUCUCAGAUAUACAAUUUGGUACUUGUAGAUGAUUAGAUGCAAUUCUUUAUCUCCAA